GCCUCGCUCAGAAGGAGGGGCCCCCGGCUUCAGUCGUGACUGUGCGCAGGCGCAACUCCGGCUCCGGCUGUAGCAGCGGUAGCAGAGUGAGGGCAGAUGCUGAGCAGUAUAAGAAGUGUCCAGAGGAUGAAUAUCCAAAUGAGCAGAGGGAUGGCUGCCUCCCCAAGACUGUGACCUUCCUGGAUGUGAAAGAAACCUGGGGGAGGACAUUGACUUUUGUGGCUAUUUCUUUGUCAUUAUUGCACCCCUAGUGCUCUUUGUGAAGUUCCAAGACACACCCAUAGUCAAAGUCAAUAAUCAGAACCUCAGCUACAUGCUCCUCACUUCCCUUACCUUCUGUUUCCUCUGUUCCUUUCUCUCCUUGAUUAUUAUUUAUAUUGUCAUCUGUAAAGUAAGGGAUUAGCAUUUCUUCUGACAUAUAUAUGUAUAUAUAAUUUUUUUUCUUUAAAAAAAAAAGGAAAUUCCUUGGACAGCAUGGAGAUCAAAUUAGUCAAUUCUUGAAUAAAUACAUCAAAUAACCUCUUGGAAGACAAAAACUGAAAUUGAAUUUCAUAUAUUUUAGCCAAUGAAAAUUUAUUUUCCCAAUAAACCUUCUGUUCUUCAGGCUACUGGACACAUUCCACCAUAUCCAUGUCCUAGGUAUUGACCCACCCUUAAAACCGUAUACCAAGAUAAAGUCAAAAUGGGUUUGUGAUCUAGGCAUAAAGAAUAAUAUUAUAAAUAAAUUAGAAGAGCAUAGAAUAGUUUACCUCUCAGACUUGUGGAGGAGGAAGGAAUUGGUAACCAAAGAAGAAGUACAGAUAAUUCUUGAUGACAAAAUCGAUAAUUCUGAUUGUAUUAAGCUUUUGUACAAACAAAACUAAUGCAGUCAAGAUUUUACAAGGGAAGCAAUAAAUUGGGAGGACAUUUUUACAUUCCAAGUUCUGAUGAAGACCUCAUUUGCAAAAUAUAUAGAGAAUUGACUCAAAUUUAUAAGAAAUCAAACCAUUCUCCAACUGAUAAAUGGUCAAGGAUGUGAACAGACAAUUUUCAGAUUAAGAAAUCGAAACUAUUUCUAGUCUUAUGAAAAGGUGCUCCAAAUCACUCUUGAUCAGAGAAAUGCAAACUAAGACAAUUCUGAGAGACCACUAGACACCUGGCAUAUUGGCUAAGAUGACAGGUAAAGAAAAUGACAAAUGUUGGAGAGGCUGUAGGAAAACUGGGACACUGAUACAUUGUUAGUGGAACUGUGAACAGAUCCAACCAUUCUGGAGAGCAAUCUGGAGAGGAUAAGCUCAAAAAGUUAUCAAAUUGUACAUGCCUUUUGAUCCAGCAGUGUUAGUACUGGACUUAUAUCCCAGCGAGAUCUUGAAGGAAGGAAAGGGACUACAUUUGCAAAAAAUAUUUGUGGAACUCUUUUCAUAGUGGCGAGAAACUGGAAACUGAAUGGAUGCCCAUCUAUCGAAGAAUGGAUGAACAAAUUUUGGUAUCUGAAUGUUAUGGAAUAUUAUUGUUCUGUAAUAUUGGUUAAGGCCUGGAGAGAGUUAUAUGAUCUGAUGCUGAAUGAAAUGAACAGAACCAGGAGAUCAUUAUACACUUCAACAACAACAAUGUAUGAGGAUGCUCUCUGAUGGAAGUAGAUAUCUUCAAGAAAGAGAAGAUAUAAUUCAGUUCCAGUUGAUCAAUGUUGGACAGAAUCAGCUACACCCAGAGAAAGAACACUGGGAAAUGAGUGUAAAUUGUUUGCAUUUUUGUUUUUCUUCCCAGGUUAUUUCUAUCUUCUGAAUCCAAUUCUCUCGUGCAACAAGAGAACUGUUUGGUUCUGCACACAUAUAUGGUAUCUAGGAUAUACUGUAACAUAUUUUACAUGUAUAGGGCUGCUUGUCAUCUAAGGGAGGGUUGGAGGGAAGGAAGGGAAAAGCCAGAACAGAAGUGAGUGCAAGGGAUAAUGUUGUAAAAAAUUACCCAUGAAUAUGUACCGUCAACAAAAAGUUAUUUUAAAAAAGAGAGAAGGAUCUGUUCCCUCAAAACACUUGGGGUCUUCCAACUUGAUUUAACCCAGGUGGAUGGUUCCAAGUGCUGGUGUCAGCCCUAAGCUAGAUGCCAACAGACAUUUCAUCUACUUAUAUUUGUGUUGAUUUAUAGAGGGCCUCAGAUAGUGGGGGAACUCUGGAUAAGGUAUGAGACCCUUCAAUCCAGAAGGAACCUGCUGACAAGGUCUGAUUUGGCUCCUCACUUCUCUUUGAUGUUGUCACCUUUCCAGAGAAGUCAAGGAGGGCAUGACCACCUGUGUUCUAUUUGCACAUCAACAGCAGGGGCUUAUACUUCCCCCAGGUGCUAAAACAGGGGGCUGUGGGAUGGACCAUAGUUAGCACUUUCCCAGUGUGCUGGGGGGAUGUAAUCAUACUGAGAUAUUUAAGGGCUGGGAAGACUGGAAAGAGUCACUUUAUCUUUGACCAUCCUGGUGGCUCUCCUUCCUCCUUCACUCCUCCACUAAGACCAAGGCUGGUCCCGAGAUCCUCCAGAGAGCUAGUCCAGACACUACCUUUUGGCACCUGACGUGGGCCUCUGGAAAGCGUAGAAUAUUUUGUCUCCCCAAUUUGGGGCACAAGGAAGCAUACUGUGUUUGGCGCCCAAGUGAGGCCUUAGACAUGGGGUUCUGCACGUGAAGCCCUAUUCUCAGCAGCUCAACUGACAGGAGUGUCAAGUUCAGUGGAGAAGUCCCCAAGAUCUGUGUACUCUGCUCAACCCCAGGCAGCAGAUGGAGCCCAAGGAGGGUGUGACUUCUGGCUUUCCCAUGGCCCCCAUUCAGGAACCAGUGACCUUCCAGGAUGUGGCCGUGGACUUCACCUGGGAGGAGUGGAGGGUCCUGCAGCCAGCCCAGAAGGCCCUGCACAGGAAUGUGAUGCUGGAGAACUACCAGAACCUGGACUUUGUGGGAAUUCCUGUUUCCAGACUGGAUCUGAUCUCUCUGUUGGAGAAGCACAAAGGAGCCUCGAGUCUGAAGAGCAGAGAUUCCAGUGGGUCUCAUCAAGAUGUACUUACUGAUCAUCAGAGAACUCACCCUGGAGAGAAACCCUUUGUGUGUAAGGAAUGUGGGAAACAUUUUAGUCGGAGGAACAAUCUCACUAUUCAUCAGAGAAUUCAUAUGGGAGAAAAACCCUUUGAAUGUGAGGAAUGUGGAAAAGCCUUCAGCCAGAAACGAUACCUUACUGAUCAUCAGAGAACUCACACUGGAGAGAAACCAUUUGGUUGUAAGAAAUGUGGGAAAGCCUUCAGCCGGAGAGCAUGCCUUACUGUACAUCAGAGAACUCACACUGGAGAGAAACCAUUUGUGUGUGAUGAGUGUGGGAAAGGCUUUAGUAGGAGCUCUAGCCUUAUUACUCAUCAGAAAAUUCAUUCUGGAGACAAAGCCUUUGUAUGUAAGGAAUGUGGAAAAGCCUUCAGCCAGAGAGGAAACCUUACUGUACAUCAGAGAACUCACACUGGAGAGAAACCUUUUGUAUGUAAUGAGUGUGGGAAAGACUUUAGUAGGAGCUCUAGCCUUAUUACUCAUCAGAAAAUUCAUACUAAAGAGAAACAGAAUUUGUUGAAAUAGAGAGAUUUCAAAUAGGACCUACCUCUUCACUGUCACCAGAGAAUUCAUAUGAUUCUGACAACUCAGUAGGAGAAAAAUCUAUUCUUCCUAAAAUAAUUCAUUGUGGCUCUUUUUGGUUAACAUGCCACUUGCAUUUCUCAACCUGGGUUUUUUUCCCCUUCCCCUCCAAAUCCAACACAUGAAAAACACAUUGUAUGUAUUGUUUCACACUGAGUCCACCAUACUUGUAAAAAAGAGGGGAUGGAGUACCAUGACCUUGCCUCAGAAUUUGAUUUGGUUUUUAUAAGUUCUUUAGUCUGAUUUCUAAUGUAUUGAUGUAUUUCAAAAGUGUAAUUGAUGUAUGUAAUAUAUUCAUGUACUUAAUGUAUUGAUAUAUUUAAUAAAUGAUAUUCUAUUCAUUA